CUUCAUUGGAUCCACGCUCAAGAGGACUCUACUAGGUUUUCCUGACCCCCUACAUCAUUGUAAAGUGCCAAGGCCUUAAGACUUGGUCACUGUAGAAAUGCCUUGUUUCCUGGGUCGGGAAGCAUGAGUCUGUUGGGACUUGGGAUAAGAAGAAAACAAGACAUCUGCACAAGAAAAACCAGACACUAACAAAAGGUAUCCCAAAGUCUGAAGAGCUAGAACACAAACAUGGCCGACAGAGGACUUAGGGAUCCUGCAGAGGCCUCUCAAAAGGAUUUGGAAAAUGACCCAUCAGUAAGUUCUCAGGCACAGGAGACCUCAGUCCCAGCAAGUACCACUGAAGAAGCUCAGACCCCAGACCCCGCCUCUGGUCUUAACAAAGUCCACCAAGAGGUAGAAACAAUAGUUCGAGGAAGUGCAGACACAGACGAUCAAUCAGAAAGUCCAGAUGGGACAGAUUAUGGGAACUAUCCAAAGGACAAAACAGAACAUGAGAACAACCAGAGUUUUCAGGAAGAACAGAACCCACCAGAACCCACCUGUUCUCCAAGUGGCAGGGUAGGAAGAGAAGAUGCACUCUUAAGGAGCGGCUCUGUAGCCCUGCCUGAGGAAGUGAGCAGCGGACCUGGAGUUUCACCUGAGCCACCUGUCACAGACUCUCAGGAUGCCCAGAGCCCUGAGCACCCCCCCGCAGUGCUGGAGAGCCAGGAUACUGUGAGGAGGCGACUGCUGGCACCAGAGGCUGAAAGUCAUCAGCAAGAAACACAGAAGUUGGAAGAAAACAAAGAGAAUGCACUUGAUACCAUAAGAAAGACGAUUGAAAAGGAUAUUUUGACUUACGGCUCCAUCUUUCUUGUCUUCCUGGUUAUGACUAUUAUUUUGGUAAGUUGUGUUAAUAGCUACUGUUCCUCUCCAGCCCACCAAGUGCCCAAAAAUCCAGCUUUGGAGGCCUUUUUGGCUCAGUUCAGCCAAUUGAAGGAUAAAUUCCCAGGCCAGAGUUCCUUCUUGUGGCAGAGAGGACGUAAAUUUCUCCAGAGGCACCUCAAUGCUUCAAACCCCACUGAGCCGGCCACCAUCAUAUUUACAGCAGCUCAAGAGGGAAGAGAGACCCUGAAGUGCCUGAGUCACCUCGUUGCGGAUGCCUAUACCUCCUCCCAGAAAGUCUCCGCCAUUCAGAUUGAUGGGGCUGGAAGAACCUUGGAGGACAGUGACACGGUCAAGCGCUUGGUUGACAUGCAGCUGAGCUCGGGAUUUGAGAAUGGCCAGAAGGCUGCUGUGGUACACCACUUUGAAUCCCUUCCUGCGGGCUCUACCUUGAUCUUCUACAAGUAUUGUGACCACGAGAAUGCCGCCUUCAAAGAUGUGGCCCUGGUCCUGACUGUUCUCCUGGAGGAGGAGACAUUAGAAGCAAGUGUUGGCCCAAGGGAAACUGAGGAAAAAGUGAGAGAUUUACUCUGGGCCAGGUUUACCAACUCUGACACUCCCCGCUCCUUCAACCACAUGGACUCGGACAAACUGAGUGGGCUCUGGAGCCGCAUUUCACACCUGGUGCUGCCCGUCCAGCCUGUGAGGAACAUAGAGGAACAGGGGUGCAUUUUAUAAUUGGUUUCUGAAGGCAUGGAUUUAUUAAAAAAUCAGUUUAAAAACCUGUUUCUGUGGAAGGAGGUUGAUGAAAAGCCUGGAAAGCACAAAUGAGCUUAUUUUAGAAAAGAAUUUUCAUUUUUUCAACUUUUGUACUAUUUUCCUAAGUUUGACAAAACUUGACCUUUUUUUCCUGGCCUUUCAAGCAAAUCAGGUUUAAAAUAUGCAUAGAAUAUGUAACUGAAGCUUUUUUUUUUAAUCCAAAAAUAUAGCCACAGAAUCAUUGCAUGAGAAGAUAAAAUCUUCUCAGAAUGACUACAGAGUGAUUUUUGUUUCCUUGAUAAGGAGCCUUUUGGCUAGUGUUUGGACUCGGACUAGAGCAAUUACAGUUAUGAAGCAAUGGUAAUUUAAAAAAUGUUUUUUCUAUCACAUAUUAUAUAUUUUUAAAACUGAUUUUAAUAACUUAGUCAUAGGAUUACAUCUUAUACUAAUUUGCAUUUUUUAAUAGUGUGAAAAGAAGUGUGAAUUAAAAUACUUAGCUAUAUGUAAGGCACUGUGCGUUUAUUCCAUUAAUGGGCUGAGGUAAAAGCUGCUGUCCUCAAGAAAUGUUCUUAAAAAUUGGAAACAAGGGGGAAAUUGUUUAUAAUCAUUGGAAAUGAAGAAAUUCCAACG